AUGGGAAUGGUGAUGUUGGCUAAAGCUUUAAAAAAGUUGAUUGAGGAGGCUAUUGAGAAGGCUACUAAGUCCCUCGAAGCCGAAAAAUCUAAACUUGAAUGCCCUGUUAAAUACAAGGGAAAUGAGUCCACUUGCCAGUUCUACCAGAGGAAAAUUGAAGAAAUUAACUCUCAACAACCUCCAGAAUCCGGUAAGUCAAAAAAUGGUUUUACUAGACAGGACCUUGAAGAAGCUAAAAAACGCUGUGAAUCUAACCACACUUAUUACCGUGACGGUUCCAAGCAGAAAGCGUAUGAUGAAAUUACUGAGCGUCAGAAACAACUUAAAGAACUUGAAAGUAAGCUUACUAAAUUCACUGAAGAACUCAAUAAAGACGGUAAUAAUAAUAUUUUAACGCAUUUAUGUGACGGCCUUCAGACUUUCCUCGGCUUCAACUCUGCUACGAAAGGCUACGACGGCACUGGGAUUGUGUACUCUGACCUGGACAGGCUGUGUGACGGGGUGAUGGGAUUUUUGUAUCAGGUGCUUAUGGAUGUCAGCGAGAAACAGCCUUACAGUGUGGGUAAAAAUACAUUAAAUUCGGUAAGUGAUGAAAUUAACAAACAUCUUUGCUCAGGGCACGAGGGUUUUAAGAAGCUUUUCACCGUGUUGCCUGCUCGCAUCGCGGCGUAUAACAGGGAAGUGCAGCAGGGGAAUGAGAAAGUGAAGAGGCCGAUUGAAAAGCUUCAAGAUGAGAUGAAAGAGCUUAAAAAUCAGGUGAGUGAAAUUUUGAAAGAUAAUGCUGGUGCAGAUAAUUUUGUCAAAGCAAGUGAGGCUGUUAAGCCCUUAAGCGUUUUGGUGAAGGAAGGCAAAUACCAUGCCGACAAUUUUCUGAAUAAUAUAAACAACGCACAUAACAACAUCGUAGACCUCAAUAAUGAUUGUAAAACACAUGUUCAUAAUUCUGUGAAAGCUGUUAGACAUGAGGCUAGGAGGCUUCAUGCGCUAUCAAAGAAAGAGUGGCAGGACUACUGGAAUAUGGAAAAGCAAAUUGGCGAAUCACUUAAUACGCUGAGUCAUGCUCUGAAUUUGGAGAUUGGCGAUAGAGUGGGUACUCUGGUAUACCAUGUGAAGGUGAAGGUUGUUAAAAUUGUGGAUCAGCUUAAGGUCAUCAAUGAGCUUCUCACUGAAUACGUUUUGGCUAUGGAAAAUUGGAUGCACAAAAAUAAGAAAAUUAUUGAAGAUGCGCAGAAGGAUGUUCAGACAAUCAUUGAUAAGAAAGUUGGCGAAAAUGAGCAGCAAGAGAUCAUGAAUCUCUGCACAGUGAUCACGUAUAAAGCGGAGGAAUUGCAUAAGGCUGGUCAGGAAACAAAAACGAAAAUCACUGACCUUGUUAAAUAUGCACUUACGCAAGUGAAAGACAUGGACGCUAAGCUUAAAAUAGAUUUACAAACCGUAAAAGAGAGACUACUUGCGGGGAUUGGGAAUUACGUUAGGAAGACUUUGCUCAGUACAGUGCAGCGACAAAUAGGGCUUAUUACCAAUCAAAAUGAAGGGUUGCAGGGCAUUGAAGAUGCGGUAAAGAAAUGGGCUAAAUCUUUUAACGGGACUGAGCAAUUUGGGGAGAAAGUCGUACAAUGGGUGGAUGAAAUAUUGAGGGAGAAUGGUGUGGUUAACGAGGCAAUUGGGGAAUACAUCAGAUGGAGCAAAGGCAUUCAUGGCGUCACUUUCAAUGACCACUAUAUAGAAGUGGAUAAAGAAUCUAUUGUGCCUGAUAACACCCACAAAAUCGCCACUGCAAUUAAGGAUGCGCUUACCAACGAAAUUAUUACCAAAUCCGUUGCCGCAUUUACGUCAUCGUUAGGCAGUGUAGAUUUUAGAAAAGCUACAGUGCAACAGAACAUACAAGCUGUAUAUGAUUGCAUAAAUAGCUUCUCCGUUGUGAUCACGCAUAAACUUGAAAAACAAUACAUCUCCAAUAGUGGCGACCCGUUCAUCACUCAAAUAGGCGCGGCGAUUGAAAACGUUGUUGUGCAAGCCGGGAUGGAUAAAACAAACAAAAGUCAUCUCAGAGCUGUUGUCAAAACUAUUUUAUCGGCGUUGCUGUCCAAAGCCAGUCAGGCUGCUGCAAUGCUUGAAUCGUUUGCUGGAAUCGGAGAAGAUUCGUCCGACGAUUCGCCUACCGAGAUAGGCACGAAUGUGCAGAAUGCUUUGAAAGUUGCUCUACAGCUUUUUGAAAGCCUUCGAACGGCGAUUGAUCCAGAGCGCGACAAUCCAGAACCCAAUUCCACGUACGAUGUUAAUGGUAAGGUCAACGGCGUACUGAACACGGAGAUUGGCAAUAAUAAGACAAGCGCGAUUGAUGUACUAUCGCAGCACUUUGCAUUAUACAAAAAGUACGUCAAGCAGGAUGGUGGUGCCCUAGAAGCUCUGUCGAACGGUAAUAUAACUGGCGAUGAAGGCGACAACCUACUCCCAGCUGCGAUCGGAUCGAUUAAGGACUAUGGCAUCACAACGCUUAUCGAUACGUUGGAUAAGAUAUCAAAACCCAAACCCGGAUAUCAAGAAAAUACCCAUAUGAAUGAUAAUGAAUACGGAAUGGGUGAGCUGUACAAAUUGUCGGCAAGUAUUACAUCGUAUUUGACCAAACUGCUGAAUGCCUUCUCUGCUGUUGGCGAAAAAGUUCAGGGUCAUUUCGAAAAUGUAAAAGAUUUUAGUAUAAAGGUGUUUUUAAAAGAGAUUGAACAUAAAAUGGACGCUCUCAGAAGAAGUAAUUUGAUAGACGUUAUCCAGGACGCCAUGGAAUUUGAAAACAGAGCUAACAACCUGCGGGAUGAAACAAUAAACGGACUAAAACAUUCUGUUUCAUCUAAAAUCAUUGAAGCUCAAACCACCCUCACCACUCUUGCGCGGAAACAAUACGUUACCUCUGUAAAGGAUUUGCUAACGGCCUUCGCCCAGAAGGUCACCGAGGAGUUGAAACCUUUGCCGGAUCUAAUCGACAAGGACAGAAGGGAGGGAUUUAAAGGAUUCAUGAGGACGUUGGAAGGUAAGAUCGAAGAGAAUGGUAAUACUACUGAUGUUAAUAUUAAGUUACUUAAAGAAGUUGCAGACGAACUAUCCCGGUCACCACUGGAUAAUAAAGCAAUGUUCGAAAAGUUGUCCAAACAUUUCCAAAAGUUUUUCUGGCCACUUAAGGCAUAUAUUAGUGACGAAAUUAAGAGACUACAUAAUGAAGAAAAUGAGAAGAACCAGAGGCCUGAAACCGACGAGACCGUCUACACCGCCAAGCUGGGAAACAUCAAUGCCUCAUUUAAUGACUUACUUUCUCACCUUCAGGAGAUUAAUAGAUACGACUAUCAGGUACCCGGAAAGCUUGAUAAAUUGAGCCAGGCAGUUGCCAUGCUCAAGCCGGAAUCCUUUGACAGGCCGAACAGUCCGGUUCUGGACAGUGUCACCAGGGGGCUUGGUGGAUUUGUGGGAGAGUUGAACAAGGUGUACAUAAGCGCGUAUGAUAGCCAAACAUUCAAAAAAGAUCUAGUGUACCGCGAGGACGUAGUCGGCACUAGGAUAACCGAGACGAAAUACGAAUUGAAGGAGUAUGGCACAAAUUGUUCGAAGGUCUGCCUGAACGUGUUGUCCAUCCUGCAUACAGAGUUUGACACAUUGGUGAAGUAUUGUAAGUCAUCGUCCAGAAGUGAACAGAUUAAUAAAUCCAACAACAUUGGCGUAUUCUUCUUCGACCAAGGCUACGAUGUUUCUGAAGAUGGCAAGCAAAAUGGCGAAUUACAGAACGAUAAAAGAAUGAACGUCUUGUUCAUCUACAAACGUCUUUUUGGAAUGGAUGAGAAGCAUAUCUACAGAAAAGAUAAGUUCAACCAAGAAAUCGGCCCGCUUAAAACGCUACACGAUCACCUCCAAACCUAUUACCAAGUCGGCCACGUUGCUACUUCAUCCUCCAAGAGGAGGCCAUGUAACAUAUUCGAGAUGCUAUGUUGGCUAUCUGGCCUGCCGUGCAAUACGGUUUACACGGAGUUGUGGCGUGAUGCUGUGAGUGACCUGUUUAUCGAUCCAAAGAAGCAACCUACGGACGACGACGAGAUCCCUGUAACAGUUGUGAGCGAAGAACUACCAGCGUAUCCACAGGCGAUUGAGCUGGAUAAUGCACAGCGUGCGGUGAAACGCCUGUGUUCUAGAUCGUAUGACGUCCUUAUUAAAAUAGUAGGUUACGGCAACGAAUACACCCAGUACGCCGUGGACUACUGCGAUAACAGUCUACGACUAUCUUACCCAUCCGAUCCAUCACAGUGCCUUGAACUAUUGAUGGACAUCCUACACAGAUUGUUACCGGUGUUCAGGUUUUUGUACAGCCGAUGUAAGCUCCCCGUCCAGCACGGUGGCUGGCAAGAAUGCGAGUACGGCAAAACUAUCAAGGCUACCAAAUGGCCGUGCAAAGAGCAUGUUAGCGACAAAGCAACGUGCGAAGCAAAGUGCCGACCAAAUGACCAACCAAAGUGCCAACCAACUUCUCCUCUAAUGAGUUAUCUUAACGAUUGCUUACCUGGUCACCUUCCUCACCAAUUGAGUUCCAUCGGUUGUAAAUACGAUUGCGCCACCUGCCCGUCUACUUCCAGAAAAGGCCAGCCCUGCAUAACGCCACUUGGUUUCCGAGGUUUUUCAGGAAGCACGAAGACAGGCAAAGACCUGUGUGCUAUGCUGAGCAAAAUCAUCGAGAAUAAACAUCUCGCAUCGCUAUUCUGCCUUGUUACCAAACCGCCAAAAACGUUGCCAGAACACUUCGGUUUUGCGUUAUCUUUGGUUGCCGAUUGGCACAAAGGAAAUAUUGUUGGUAAGAAAGGCGUCCAAAAUGCUUUCGAAGACUCAACCAAGGAGCUGUCCAUCAGCUUAUGUGACGAACCCGGCAAUCUUACCGGUGCGCUCGUUGACGCAUACGGCUCGGACUCCGUAAAACACAGCACUUGCAGUCAUCCUCACCUCAGGCAUCUCGCGUCCAACGACUUCUGCAACAAACAUCCAUGUGCACCUUAUCUCUCAUCUCUUUACGCCGACUGCUACAAAUACAUCGCCAACAAAAACGCCAAGCUAUACUUCUACUGGGCCGUGUAUCUUCCAUGGGAUUUCUGGACGUUGCUUAACAAUCUAUACACUGCGUUCUGCUCAAUCGCUUGCCAGGAUUGGGGCUGCAACAGCUGCAUGAGAGCCGACAAAUGUAAGAAAGGGAAACAUGGCGAUGAGAAGUCACGGUGCCAGUGUGAAUCCAUCGUAACCUGCAACGGCGUCUCCCCAACCUUGUACCAGUAUGGCUUCAUAUUCAACAAUGCAGUAGAAUUGAAUCGUUCUAAAUACCAGAAAACAUGUAACGAUUUCUGCAAGAUAUUAAGCAAAGUACUUAAAUCUGAUUACUUCGCUAAACUCUUCAACGCCUGUGAUGAAUUCCUUUGGAUCAUCAGACAACCCUUCAUCUGGCUCAACGUCGCCCUCUGGCUCCUCUCUCUCCUGUACCUCAUCCACAUCAUGGUCAUCCGCCUCGACCUGCUCCACAUCAAAUCGCAUUUGCACUCACCUUCCUCCCAUCGCAUAGCUGCUCAAUCGCUACUAGCUGCUGGACGCGUUAACAAGCUUAACAGGGUGUUUUAUCUACAACCGUAA